AUGUCUCCUUGCUACUUCGAUAUGAAAUGUACGACUCUCUCGAAACGGAUCACACACGGGUCUGUGCAGGUGGUGCCCUACAAUAAGUUCAGUGCUGUGGCUCGCUACUCCUGUGACGAUGGGUACGAGAUUAGGGGCGUGGCCAGGCGCGUUUGUCAGGGAGACGGGAAGUGGAGUAACGAGGAACCGGAAUGUAUUGUCAGUGCUGAGGCCACAGUGACCACAGAAUGUGGACCUCCACCGGUGGUUCACAAUGCUAAGCACGACAGAGAGCCAUGGCGGAUGUCGUAUGAACAAGGAGUCAUGCUGCAGUACGAGUGUGAUCCGGGCUUCACAUCAAACAGGGGCAGCAUUUUCCGUGCCUGGUGUGUGCGGAGUGGAUGGGUGGGACCCAACAUGACAUGUAGUCAUGCCGGGUGUCCUCUAAACAACACUAUAAUCGAGAACGGCGGAAUUAUUCCUCCAACUCAAAUAACAACAGGAGCCAAACUGCAAUAUUUCUGUAAACAUGGUUAUUUCUUGGCUGGGCGGGAGGAGCGCGAAUGUCUCGCGGAUGGCACGUGGGGAGGACGUGAGCCGAGCUGCGAGAAAGUGACAUGUGGAUCACCGCCAAUCAUCACGAAUGCCAUCAUUAUGGAUAUCGAGACUGGUGGGACGUUUUCAUCCGGGCAACAAUUGACGUAUGCGUGUGAUCGAGGUUACGACAUGGAGGGAGAUCCGAGAGCCAUGUGUAACACGGACGGCGAUUGGACUUGGCUAGGAAUCAGACUAAUAUGUAGACCGAUCAAUUGUGGCUUUCCCGGGAACCUCGUGAACGGUUGGCAGUCGGGGCAUCGCUUCUUCUUCGGAGAAUCAGUCAAUUACCAUUGUAACGAGGGUUACGAACUGAUCGGACAGAGAACUCGGACCUGUGAGGAAAACAAGAAAUGGUCGGGAUUUCUACCAAAAUGUAUAGCCGUGGAGUGCCCGGAAAUGGAAGCUCCUCUUGAAGGGACGAUGGUGGGCUCUGGGAAUGCAUUUGGAACUGUUCUGCGGUUUGAAUGUAAAGAAGGAUUCCAGCUAUCGGGUUCUGAGGAGAGGCGUUGUCUAGCUGAUCGAACGUGGAGCGGCGAGCCCGUUCUGUGUCAAGAGGUUAAAUGUCUCUGGCCGGGCCCUUUCUAUAACGGCUUUGUCCUGGGCGAAUCAACAACCGUGGGCUCCGAGCUUUUCUUCGGUUGCCUUGUUCGUACCAAUUUUGAUGGAGUCUCGCUGUCUACGAGAUGUUUAGAGAACGGCGAAUGGUCAUCUCCUCCACCUACAUGCUGGGGUCAGUGCCAAGUCCCCAACAUACUUAACGCCUCUCUGGAGAAAUAUCGAGAGGGCGAAUGGGUGCGUAGCGGUGUCGAGCUGGAAUAUCACUGUAAGAACGGCCUCGUUCCGGAUAUAACCAAUCGUGUGGAAUGUUACAACGGUACAUGGACUUCGAUACCAGGGUGUGCACCAGCCUCGUGUUCCCGUCCCCCGCCACACGUUGACUAUGGUCUGAGAGUGUUCGACGGUUUACGACACAACAGCCGAGCUAAAUACAUCUGCCGGAAUGGCUACCGUCUUCGGGGCAUGCCUGCCGACAACUCUUUUCUUACCUGUAAAUUCGGCUUAUGGAGAGGAGGAAAACCAGUCUGCGAGGAGUUUUACUGCCCAAAUCCUGGAACGAUUGCACAUGGAAAAAUUUACAAGAAUGGUAUUCGUGCAAUAUUUGAUUUCCGACAUUACAUGAAAACAAUACGACAUGGAGAUCGGAUCCUAUUUAGGUGUAAGGAAGGUUUCGUGUUGGAAGGACCAAGUGGCGCCACGUGUGUCAAUGGACAAUGGCGACCUCCUAUCAGUGAUCCGUAUCGCAAAUGCAGACCCGCUACGCAUGCGCCUUUUCCAAAACUAUGGAUACCAUUAGAGGAAAUGCCAGACACCUAGUACCUUGAUAUUGUACUUAUUUUGUGGGACGAGUGAUUUUCUUAUGUAUGAUCUGUUUUCGCACUCUGCGAUCGCUUUCUGAAGAGACAGAGAAUUGCUGUAAAUAUCCGAUGACCACUUGCUAUAGGCAACAACUGGAAUUGUUUUGCAAUAUAUACAAUAUUUUAGUAUUAUUACAUGUAGUUUUGUUUGAAAUAGCAUUAUUUCUAUAAUUUUAGUUAGGUUUCAUAAUUAUCGAAUUUGCAUCCAAGUAGAACAUUCUUUUUAAUAUCAUUGUAUGAUGCGGGAGGCUUGAAUUUACUAAGAUAUUAGUGCGGAAGACGCCUAGUUUCUUUGCGCUACCAUCUCAUCUACAGAUGUGCCAUACAAAUUCUCACAAAUAUAUGCCAACAUGUUAAUGUACAAAGCCGGAACAGGAGAUAUUUUUCGUCUAAAUUCUAGAUUCUAGUUUUGUAAAGUGCAAUGUAUUCUUUGUAAAAUGUUAAGCAAAUUGUUUGACAAGGUUGAAGUGUACUUAUAUUAUAAUGUGCCACGUUACAAUCUUCCAUAUCAGUAAAUACCAUGUGCUGUAUUUCCAUAUUUUCAUUUAUACGUCAUACGUUCCACAGUGAUAUUAAGUUGCUUGUGCAUCAAACAUCUAGACAACGCAAAUUUAUUCUCUGUUCAUGUAUAUUAGAAUACAAGAUUUUUAAAAAGGAUUUCAUGUCAUCAAGAAUUUAAAUUAAUAUACAUACAUUGACAAACACAACGCUUUCCGAGCGUUUGAGCAUUUAAUAGAAUUUACCGAGGAUAGAGAUCCACCUAGCAUCAGAAGAAUGUAUCAUAUCUCUUCUACAUGUCCACAUUUUUUGUAUGCUACGUUGCCGUCAUCGCAAUGGUGUGCAUUCUUGAUGAGUCGUUGUUAUAUUGUUCUCCUGAAAUCAUAAACGUGCUAUGACAUUCUCUGCCUUAUGGUGUAACAAUGGGAAAUCUUACAAUAUCGAUAAAAAUCUGGAUUUCCUAUUUCCUAUAUCAUGGACGAAUGCAUCCACGCUUUUGCCGGUUGGAGAUUGUUUUUGUCCUCCAAGAGUACAGACGGUUAAUUUCCUCAUAAUAUAAAAUAAAGUCAUUUAAACAAUGUCCAGUAAUUAAAUUACUUAAAGAGAAAAAAAUCACUUCUUUGUAGAUGCGACAUGGGGAUCUCAACUCUCGGGAAAAGAAGACGAUAAUUAUUUUGGCAAAUCUCGUACUUUCCAACUUAAUAAAUUUACUCUCUGGUUGCUGUUCCCUAUCUCAUCUCCAAUCGAAUGAAAGAAUGAAAAGUGCAUUCCACUUACACUUCAUGUAGUGUAACCAUGUCACAAUAAGAUGACGUCAUCAAUUAUGACAAACAUUACAUUAGGACCUCGUGCUAAUCUUAAUAGUCUUACCGCGGGUGGAGAUGUCCCCUUUACAUAUUAUAUUUAGGGGUGUGACAUAAUUUGUCAUCAUAUGAUCACUUUAUUUCUUUGAAUAAUUCCAGCAUACACUCCGUUCCUGUCCUUUGUUGUUUGUGCCAUGGUAUGAUGUAUUUAUCUCAUUUCGAUUCAUUUCAAAAUUAUAUUAUGCACUUAUCAUAAUAAUUCAUCCUACCGAAAAUAAAGCAUUAGGGUUAGGAUGAAAAAUGUUGUCCAUUGAUAAAUAAAGAGAACCCCAGUACUUCAAUUUUGAUGUCGUCGUUCAAGCUUAAUUAUAUUAGGAUAUUGAGCAAAAAAGGGGGUUUUAAUCGACUCGUCGAAUGAUCCCGAUCGUCAAUGUGUUUAACUUAUAAAUUUUUUAAAGAAACUGUAAUGGUUUAUACAUGAUGUAAGUUCCUUGUGAAGAAGAUAUAAACAUGUUUGUCUUCUAGGAGAUUUGAUUAGAUUGGUCGAUAUUGUCAUAUAUACAAACGCUUCACUGUUAAUACAAUGCUAAAUUUCUCAGUCAUUAACGCAGGGACAUCUCACGAUAUAUUCAGCCUCGAUAGGAGAUCAGACUAUCGCAAAAUACAAGUUGUUUACAGUCCCCAAAAACAUAAUAGCAUGAAAUGAACUUGAUUACUGCAAUAUUUUGCUAUACUUGUACAUUGUCAUAUUUUUGAUAAUUAAACUAUGUGAGUUUUUC